AGUCUCCAAAAGUGACCUUUGUUUUUGUUGGCGAAUUUUUAAAUUUAUUCAAUAAAUUUGCAAUAUAAUUAUGCAAACAGGUGGUAAAAGCAGUUGUGUGUUAGAAAUGAUUUGAUUCCGCAUGGAAAAAAUUGAAAAAACUUAUUACAGUUACGACAACCUCUUGGUCACAAAAAAUGCCAAGCAACUGUUUUUAUUUAUUUAAGUCAAUACUUAAGUAAAGCAAGGCUCAGUCAGAAUUAUUCAAAGUUCAAGCUCUAAUUGACCUAACUGUAAUGAAUGUGGGCUGAGUUUAAUAAAAUUAAAAAUGGGCAUAACAUAAACGAAAUGAACGAGCAACAGUACGUUUCAAACCCGUGUUAUUGUUUCCCAAAAGUGGUGGAUACAUGGGAACAACUUUUAUCUAUUUGCACCAUCAAACAACCUGUUUAUCCCCUAGAUCCCGUAGCGCCCGAAAACAGCGAAUUUUUUUUAAUUGAAUCAAAUAUACGCAUCCGUGUGAUACAUAUCACACCAGAAAACGUGCAAAAAUUACCAAAUUUGGACCUGCACCAAAAUCCCAAACGAAGUUCGCUGUCUGAAGAGUACUGGUUCACAAAAUGGAACAAGCCUUUAAAAAUCGGAAUUUGUAGUUGUUCAUUCAGAAGGUCAUUCAGACUCUCAAAUAAUAAACUCACAAUAGCAGAAAACCGAGACAGUGUUUCCAGUUUCGAUGCAGUUCCCAAACGCAUUGUCAACAUUGAGACUUUCGUCGAGCGCAUUAUCCAAGAAACAAUCUUUGAAGCCUUUCAGGAAUACUAUAUUUUGAGGAAUCAAAACGGCGUCAUCAAUUUAGCUUAUCAAAAAAGCGACGAUGACGGUGUUGUUUUGCGAAAACCGAUCACGAGACAGCCUAAACAAUGCCUCCAUAAAAAAUACGCGGCACAAAAAAAACCGAUUAUUAUUUUAUUUCAUGGUAUUGGCAAUUCCGCUGAGGUUUGGUGGCCAGUUAUCCACACUUUGGUCAAUAAAGGAUAUGAGGUCAUUGCCCCCGACAUGUUAGGGCAUGGCUACAGUUCAGCCCCCAACAAGCCAAAUUCAUACACUUUUCACAAUCUACUAAUUCACGCAAUAACAAUUUUCGACCACUACACUGCAUCAGAUGACAAGAGGAAAUGCAUUCUAAUCGGACACUCUUACGGGUGUAGCAUCGUAACAGCUCUCUACCGACACAGGGCCCCCCAAAUCUCGCAGUUGAUACUAAUCAGCGGCGGCGGCCCUACACCUCUCGCAGCCCCGGUCAAAAACAGCGAAAUUUCCCCAUUUGGGUGCAUCCACACUCUGUUCAAGCCCCUUAUUUUCUGUGGUUUAAAGAGAAGUUUCCUGUUUUCCUCCCGGGGUAAACAUUUCGAGGUUUGCGAAACCGAGUCAGCGAUACCCCCGCGCAUCCUAGAGUACAUUUCAAGGGGGCAAAACUGGCCCGAGGGCGACGCUGCCUUUCAUAGACGUAUUCUUGUACCCACGCUACUGGUGCAUGGGCUGCAGGACAAGAAAGUUACGCUUGUGCAACAAUGUGAAAUGGAGAGGACCAUACCGAGGGCCUUUCUAGAACUGAUCCCAAAUGCCGGUCAUAUGGCAAUGCUGGAGACACCCGAGCAUCUCAGUCAUAUGAUCUUGUGUUUUAUUGACACCUGGAGUUAAUUUUUUAUAUUUAUUUUUUAUUUAUUGAUAGCUUUACACGUAACUUCGGCCUGAAUUAACUCAUGUGAUAUAAAAAGUGCAAGUAUUAAUCCGUCCAAUAACGUAACAAAGUAUUAUUUUUUACUCACUUUAAUAAAGUUUUUCAGACAAGUUUUAAUAAUAACAAGUUUAUUUUCAAAAAUAUAUAAUUACAAAACUUUUGACGCGAAAGACUUUAAGGCAAUUUACUAGUCAAUUCCGGCACGGCUUUGAACAAAUCUGCGA